AUGGAUGAUCUACCUAAAUUAAAAUGCUUCUCAUUGACAUGUUAUAAUCGUACUCGUGGAUAUGAAAAUCUAGUUGUACCUCUUCUUCGUCGAAUGUCAUAUCUCGAAGAAUUAAUUUUAUAUAUUCAUAUUUUGAAUGGAUCCACAUUCAUCUCGGGUACUUAUCUUGAUAAUGAAAUUCUUAUUCAUAUGCUACAACUUCAAACAUUUACAUUUUAUUUUGCUUCUGAAAAUGAUAUUGUUGAUUCAGCUAUUCGUAUAUCUGAUUCAGAUAUUGAACGAACUUUUACAAAUGUAAAACAUGGACAGGUCGCUUCAAUAGUAGAUUAUUUCGAAUCUGACUGCAUGAUUUGUCGCGUUUUUUCACUUCCAGUUAAAUUUCAUCGUCUUGAACCCGUGACAAAUAAUAUUCCAAAUAUUGUAUUCAAUUCUGUUACUCAUGUAAAAUUACAUGAUAAAAAUCCAUUCAAACAUGAAUUUUUUAUUCGAUUUGCCCAAGCUUUUCCAUUUCUUCAAAGUUUAUCUAUUCACAAUCUUGAGCCACCCAACUGGAGACCUCACGAAUAUCAUCGUUAUCAUACUGAUUGGUGCUCAAUUGUUGACUAUCCUUGUCUUAUUUCACUUGACGUGAAUGAUGCAUGUAGUUAUUAUGUUGAACAUUUUCUCAAUGAAACAAAAACACAUCUACCUUGUUUAACAGAAUUAAAAAUUUGGCAUGAAUGUUUGGAAAGGGUGACAAGAAACUUUACAAGAGAUGAAACGCGACGUAAUUGUGCUAAAGUAAAACGAUUAAUUAUUGAACGUCCUACAGUUUAUUCGAAAGAUGUUUAUAACUAUUUUCCUUUGUUGUCAGUUUAA